GCAAAAUGGGAUUGGCAGUUAAAUAAAGUCGGAGCUAGAUCCGAUUCGAGUUGCAGUUGAAUAUUUCUCUUUCCCUCUCUUCUUCUGAAGGUUUUGAAAAAAGAAUUCAGUGAUCCAAAGCUUCAAUUGAAUUCCCAGAAUAAUCGGGCUGACAAAAAAUCAGCUAAGAAAUGGAAGCUACAUCUCUAGAGAAUCGACCCGGAAUCUUAAUGAUCGGAUCCUCCAACGUUGGCAAACGGACUCUCCUCUCCCGAUUGUUAUCAGUGGAUUUUGAAGAUUCUUCUGAUUUACCGACUGAAUUAGUUGCCCGUGGGUGGACUAUUAAUACAAAGUAUUACACAGCUGAUGUUUCUGUAUGGAUGGCUCAUCUUCACGAUGGAUUUUCCAUCAGUUCUCUCCCAAUUUAUAGUAGCCUCACUGCUUUAGUGAUGGUUUUCGACAUGAAUGAUCUAUCGUCUUUCGCUGCAAUUCAGGAUUGGGUAUCUCGCAUUGAUAUUCACAAGUUUGAAAUAUUAUUAUGCAUUGGAAACAAAGUUGAUCUUAUUCCAGGUCAUCCUGUCCAUGCUGAGUAUAGAAGACGCUUACUGAAACUUGAAGAGUCUUCUUCUGAUACUUAUACAGAGUUCUCUGGAUUUGGGAUACUGGAAACUGAAGGAAGUAGUCUAUUGGGUGGUGAGGAACCUGCAUGGGAGAUCAAGAGGUCAUGUACUGAAUGGUGCAGUGAGCACAGCAUUGAGUACAUUGAAGCCUGUGCCUCUAAUGCUGAUUUCGACAAAUGUUUAUCAGCUGAUGGUGAUUCACAAGGAGUUGAACGUCUACUUGUUGCUCUUUCUGCUCAUAUGUGGCCUGGAAUGGUUUUAAAAUCUGGAAGCAGCAUAACUCAGCCAACAUUACUGUAUAAAGAAGACUUGUCAGAAGAAGAAUCUGAUUAUGAAUUUGAGUAUGAAGUUCUAUCUGCGGGUUCAGCUGAACUGUGGGAUGACACACAUGGAGGAUGGGUUUCUGCAAAUGGUACUAGUGCUGUUCCAGAUUUAGGGGGAUCAGCUGAGCAGAACAACCAUAAUAGAGAUCACGAUCAUGAGGUCUGGGAAAAGUUUGAUGAAGAGCUACAGCCGUCGACAUCAGCGGUAGAAUUAGAGGAUGAUAAGGAAGUGGCGACCAACAUAGAAGAUCCUAGCAAAGGCACUGAAAUAAAUGAGGUUUCACCUUUUGAAUUUGAGGAUUUAGAUCAAUUGAUGUCUGAGAUUGGAAAUAUUCGUGACAACUUGAGGUUUAUGCCUGAUUUUCAAAGAAGAGAAAUGGCAGCAAAACUAGCCAUGAAAAUGGCUUCCAUGUUUGGCGGUGCCAGCGAUGAAGAAGGGGAAAUUGAUUGACCCAAUGGAUGUCAAUUUCUGGAUUAAGUAAAUUUGUUUUUUAUAGUCCUUGCAUCCGACAAACAAUGAUUUUGGAUGGUUAUCUUCAGUUCAUUCUUUAUACAUAGUUAAAAGGAUGAGCUUCUUGAAAUUGUAUGUUGUUUUUGCUUUCUUCACCUUUAGUAUAAGAACUGGUUGAUGAGGAAUUGGUGCAUGUAGUUAUGUGCUCAAUCAUUUAUACCUCAGUUAUUGAGUAAAACUUAAAUAAAUAUUUGGAAAUGGGAAAACAUUAGUUAUGCUUU